GGAGCCCGGCCUGGCUGAGCUCUCGUCGCAGUGGCCCAGCGCCUGGGACCCGGUGGAGGUAGCAGCGGCAGCGACAUGGCCUUUGUCUCUGAGGACAAUGAAUACCACAGCUCAAAUGCUGUCUACAGAGCCCCGAGCAACCAUCACGAAGCUGACCAGGAAGCUCUACUGGGGAAACUACUAGACUACCCAGCCCCAGGCCUGCAGAGGCCAGAGGACCGCUUCAAUGGUGCCUAUAUUAUCUUCUUCAGCCUGGGAAUUGGGGGCCUACUGCCCUGGAACUUUUUUGUCACUGCCAAGGAGUACUGGGCAUUUAAACUCCGAAACUGCUCCAGUCCAGCGUCUGGGGAGGACCCUGAGAACGCGGACAUCCUGAACUACUUUGAGAGCUACCUGGCAGUUGCCUCCACUGUGCCCUCCCUGCUGUGCCUGGUGGCUAACUUCCUGCUUGUCAACAGGGUCCAGGUGCAUGUUCGUGUUCUGGCCUCACUGUCCAUCUCCUUGGCCAUCUUUGUGGUUAUGGUUGUGCUGGUGAAGGUGGAUACUUCCUCCUGGACCCAAGGCUUCUUCAGCGUCACCAUCGCGUGCAUGGCCAUUGUCAGCAGUUCCUCCACCAUCUUCAACAGCAGCGUGUAUGGCCUGACAGGCUUGUUCCCCAUGAGGAAUGCCCAGGCACUGAUAUUAGGAGGAGCCAUGGGAGGGACAGUCAGCGCUGUGGCCUCGCUGGUGGACUUGGCAGCAUCCAGUGAUGUGCGGGACAGCGCGCUAGCCUUCUUCCUCACGGCAGCGGUCUUCCUUGGGCUUUGUGUGGGUCUCUACCUACUGCUGCCCCAACUGGAGUAUGCCAGGUACUACAUGAGGCCAGUUGCCCCAGUCCACGUGUUUUCUGGUGAAGACAACCCAUCCCAGGAUGCUCCCAGCACCUCCUCCAUGGCUCCUGCAUCCAGAGUGGUGUACACGCCGCCCCUUGGACCCAUCCUGAAGAAGACAGCUGGCCUUGGGUUCUGCACUGUUUCCCUCUACUUCGUCACCAGCCUCAUCUUCCCUGCCAUCUCCACCAACAUCCAGUCCAUGCAUAAGGGCACCGGCUCCCCAUGGACCUCCAAGUUUUUCGUGCCCCUCACCGUCUUUCUCCUUUUCAACUUUGCUGACCUCUGUGGCAGACAGGUCACAGCCUGGAUCCAAGUGCCAGGUCCUAGGAGCAAGCUGCUCCCUGGACUGGCACUCUCUCGUAUCUGCCUUGUGCCUCUCUUCUUGUUCUGUAACUACCAGCCGCGCUCACACCUGACUGUGGUGCUUUUCCAGUCUGACAUCUACCCUGUGGUCUUCACCUGCCUCUUGGGGCUCAGUAACGGUUACUUCAGUACUCUGGUGCUAAUCUAUGGGCCCAAGAUUGUACCCCGGGAGCUGGCUGAGGCCACCAGUGUAGUGAUGUUGUUCUAUAUGUCUGUGGGCUUGAUGCUGGGCUCAGCCUGUGCGGCCCUGCUUGAACACUUUAUCUAGGAGGGGCGGCAAGGAUGUGGGUACUGUGUGAGUGUGUGAGGCUUGGGUCCUUGGGAGAUGGACAGGGUGAGCCGAGGUCUGGUGGUGUUAAGCAAGGGGUUGGCGUUUUAUUUGAUGCAGAACAGAGCCCAGUCAUACUGCCUUUCUCUCAGACUGCUUGUGAGCCACAUCCUUGCACAUCCUGUGCAAAGAGACAUUCCAGACACAGCCUAGCAUGGUGCAUCACACCUGUAAUCCCAGCAUGCAAGAGGCUGGAGCUGCAGGACCACUGUGAGUUCAAGGCCAGUCUGGCUACAUCGGGAAACCCUUUCUC